AUGGGUGUUAAUACUCAUUUCAUAGCCACAAUUUGUGCUAUGAUAUUAACGGUGGUUGCCGUAGUAGUUGCCACACCAACGACCAUCCCCAAUGAUGCCGCCUCACAUCUCCGAGAUGUAUCCAAAAGUUUAGACAUCUUCGGAACGAAACUUUAUUCGAAAAUAGCUACGCAGAGCGGACGGAAAAAUAUUAUAUUUUCUCCAUUCUCAAUUGAGACCAGUCUGGCCAUCACUCGUUUGGGUGCUUCAGGUCAAACAGCCGAAGAGAUAGACCAGGGUCUAUCUUUAAAAUUUAACAAUGGCGUCAAGUUGGCCAACUAUUUCCAAGAAAUCCUUGCCGCAUAUCAGACCAGUGAUCUUCUACAAAUGGCCAAUAAAGUAUAUGUCAUGGAAAAUUUCGAACUAUACGAUCAAUACAAGGAGUUGCUGGCGAAAAAUUUCUACACAUCAGCCGAAAAUUUAAAUUUUACCCAGAACAUAAAAGCUGCGGAAACCAUCAAUUCUUGGGUUGCCUCAAAGACACAUCAGCUGAUUAAAGAUUUGAUUGCGGCCGAUGAUUUGGAUGAACGCACACGCAUGGUACUGCUCAAUGCCAUUUAUUUCAAUGGUGAAUGGUUGGUGCGAUUCCACGAACAGGCCACAUUCCAAAAACCAUUCUAUGUGGAUGCAACAAAUAGCGUUGAUGUGGCAAUGAUGCAAACCCAUGGCGAAUUUCGUUAUGGCCAAAUAGAUCAAUUGGAUGCCAGCGCCUUGGAAAUGCGCUACAAAAAUUCCGAUCUUUAUAUGCUUAUAAUAUUGCCGAAUGCUCGUGAUGGCUUAGAGGAUCUAAGGAUUAAAUUGCAAUCGUAUUCGCUGGAAGAGUUAAGAGCCGGCAUGGUUGAGACAAAGGUUCUCGUGGAGAUGCCAAAAUUUGCAGCUGAAUACAAAAUCGAAUUGAAAGAGAUUUUAAAAAGCUUGGGUAUCGAACGCAUGUUCUCUGCCGAUGCGGAAUUGACAAAAAUGGUAAAAGGCAAAUUUGAAGUGACGAAAGUUCUGCACAAAGCAUCUAUUGCUGUCAAUGAGAAGGGCACUGAGGCUGCUGCGGCAACAGUCCUUGGCAUUGAAAAAAUAAUUUAA